CCAUCCAGUACCAGAAUCAUGAGUUCCCCUUUGAAGCGAGCCCCCUUGCUCAGCUCUCUCCUAAAGCUGCGGGGUCCCAGGAGCGCACCUGCUUUGCAGCAGCAGCAACAGGUGCCCACUUCGUCCGUGUGCGCCUUGGAGCCCAAGGCUCAGGUGCCUUCUUGCCCCGUGCAUGCUCCCCACUCACUUUCUGCUCUGCCCGGUCCCAUCAAAUGGCCUCUGAUGGGCAGCCUCUUAGACAUCCUGUGGAAAGGGGGCCUCAAGAAACAGCACCAGACCCUGGCUGAGUACCACCAGAGGUUUGGCAAAAUCUUCCGCAUGAAACUUGGGAGUUUUGACUCAGUUCAUAUAGGCGCACCCUGUCUGCUGGAGUCUCUCUAUAGGAAAGAAAGUGCCUAUCCACAGCGCCUGGAGAUUAAACCCUGGAAAGCCUAUCGAGACUACCGUAAAGAGGGCUAUGGGCUGCUUAUCCUAGAAGGGAAGGACUGGCAGAGAGUAAGAAGUGCGUUUCAGAAGAAAUUAAUGAAACCUGUGGAAAUUGUAAAGUUGGACACUAAAAUCAAUGAGGUCCUAGCUGAUUUUAUGCAUCAGAUAGACACACUCUGUAAUGAGAACGGAAAAAUAGAAGAUUUAUAUUCUGCACUGAACAAGUGGUCAUUUGAAAGUAUUUGCCUGAUGCUAUAUGGGAAAAGGUUUGGACUUCUGCAGCGAGAUGUGGAGGAGGAAAGUUUGAACUUUAUCAAGGCUGUAAAAACGAUGAUGAGCACUUUUGGGAAGAUGAUGGUGACGCCAGUUGAACUCCAUAGAAGUCUAAAUACAAAAGUUUGGCAAGCUCAUACAAAUGCAUGGGAUAAUAUAUUUAAGACAGUGAAAUGCUCCAUUGACAGCAGGCUGAAGAAACACUCUGCAAAUCCCUCUGAAGAUUUCCUCUGUGACAUCUACUUUGGGAGCCAGCUUUCGAAGAAAGAACUAUAUGCAGCUAUUACAGAGCUUCAGAUUGCUGGGGUUGAAACGACUGCCAACAGUUUACUUUGGGCUCUGUACAACAUCUCCUGCAAGCCAGAUGUCCAGGCAAAACUGUUUGAGGAAAUACAGAAUGUGGUUUCACCUGGAGAAGACCCAAAUUGUGAACACCUGAAAAAAAUGCCUUAUUUGAAGGCAUGCCUGAAAGAGUCAAUGAGGUUAACACCUUCUGUGCCGUUUACCACACGAACCCUUGACAAAGAAACAGUCCUUGGGAAUUAUGCUCUUCCAAAAGGGACUGUGUUGAUGAUUAACACUUACGCUCUGGGAUGCAAUGAAGAAUAUUUCAGUAACUGGAGUGAGUUUCAGCCAGAGCGUUGGUUGCAAAAAACCAUCCAUCCAUUUUCUCAUGCUCCCUUUGGCAUUGGAAAAAGAAUGUGUGUUGGGCGCCGACUGGCAGAGCUGCAACUUCAGCUAGCUCUCUGUUGGCUUAUACGGAAGUAUCAGAUUGUAGCUACUGACGACAAGCCGGUAGAAGCUCUUCACUUAGGAAUCCUCAUCCCCAACCGAGAACUUCCCAUUGCAUUCAAACGACGACAAGAUUCAACCGGAGAAACAGCUGACAUUUUUGAUAGACAGCAUUCUUGAAUUUUGGAUUCCCAGAUCCUGCUAGAGUCUAACUAUAUUUUGAGCGAUGUGUGUUAACAGCAAGGACAGAACAGCAGGAAUCCAAAGCUAGCUUGAAGGCAAAUCAGUCAAGCUAUGUUGAGCACACCUAAGCAGUCACUUCAUAUUAUUGUAAAAGCUAUACCUGUUCCAAAGGUAUACAGUAGAAGAAUGGCAGAAUUACAAACUUGGCAGAUAAGAGUAGUUCUUUUCACCUAAUCUUGGGAUGAAAGAAAAGUCCAUUUUUCUUCAUCUGCUGCUGUGAAAUGUACAGUUCUCGACCCAUGCUGUUAACGUUUGUAGGAAAACAGUAAUCACAAAGUGAUAGAAUAAAACUCUGAGAUUACUCUUAACCUCAGGGUGGAAGCGCUGGGGGAGAAGUUUUGUUUCGCCUCUCCCCAAGUCCUGAUGGAAUUUUAAAGGAAGACCUUUGUCUGCAAGAGGGUGAACAUAAUUUGCAAAGAGACGGAAAGUAUUCUACGGGAUGGACUGUGUUAGAUAUCCAUAAAGGGAAGAAUGACAAUAGAAGUACUACCCUUUCAGCAGGAGAGUUGUGUUAAUCUAUGGUGACAAGAAAUCUGGAAUCAAUGCAGGGUUUGUAGAAAUGCUAAAGGGCUGUAUUUGCAAAACAAAGUAUGUCUGCUUCUCUCUGAUGUUUCAUUGUUACAACUACUGGCCCCUUUAGCAAACUCAGCAACUAUGUAUGGAGAAAUAUCAUACAUACAAACACACACACACACACACACACACAGGCUUCCAGGCAGACAGAACAAUGAGUCACAUUACAGAAUGCAGACCACCCAAAUCGUUAUGAGCCCUUCAAGGUGAUGCAUACUUUGGAGAACAGAACAAAUAACUUAUGCUUGGACACAAUGAACUGUGCACUUGAUGACUCCCUAUAUGAGGUGAAUAAGAUCAUACCAGCAGACCAGUACAAUUUAUUUCUCACCAAAUCAAAUCCAGCUCCUAAAUUAUUUGCAACAGUCCAACGAGGUCCUAUAACUUUUUACUUUGGCUAACUGAAGAAUUGAGGCCAUCGGUAGAUAAAUCAGUGCAACUUCCUCAAAUGGCCGAUAUUGUGGGGAGCAAUAGCCAUUCCUUUCUCUCCAAUGUAGACACUCCCCACAAGCUUUCCUCCACCUUUAAGCUAUCUGUCAGCUUUCAUGUAUGGAGGGUAACAGAGGGAGAUGGGCUGCUAUCUUUUCCUUUGCCACAAUCAGCAAUAUGUCUUGGACUUGCCAGAUGUGAUCUUGACCUUUUAACCGCCUUUAAAACAAGAGUAAACAAAUUCUUCGGUACAAUGUUGUAAAGUUCCUGGCAGGUUCUCCAUCUCUGAACUGAGAGCAACAAGUUGUGAUUCAUUCUGCACCCGACUUUCGGGUCUGUGAGCUGCCACUGUCGGAAAUAGGAUGCUGCUCUGAUUAGACAAUCAGUCUGCUCCAGCAGGGCUCCGUUUAAGUUUCCAAAUUCACACUGAUAUGUUACAAUUUAUGCAGAUUGGAACAUCAUUCUUACAGAAAUCCAUAGAAUAUAAGGAUUAUAGUUCCCAGGUAUUUUCUUGUAUUCCUUUUGAUAAAGUUUCCUUCUUAUUUUGUUUUUACGUGUUUUUAAUUGUAUUUGGUUUUUUUUUUAAAAAAGUAAAUGUGUUUUUAAGACCUCUAUAUUUUGAAGAGUUGUCAUAGCUUAUUUUUUCUUUGUUUUUUUUAAAACAAAUUUUAACAUCCAUUUCAUCACUGAUAUUUAAAUCCACUCUUCUGAGAAUUUUGUAAUAAAAAGAAUUUGUGGAUAUGAUUUUUUUAUUUGCACUGAAUGUAAUCCAUGUCGAGUAUCUUCUUCAAGAUUAGUACACUUUAUAAAGAUU